AUGUUUGCCACUCUAAACCGCUUUGUUAUGCGCCAGUCGCGCAUGUUCUCCACAUCCAAUGUUCAAUUGGGCUCCAAAGUAUUCUUCGAUACCAGUAUCAACGGCACCAAGCAGAGCAGAAUCGAGUUCGAGCUGUACAACGAGGUUGUUCCCAAGACCGCAGAGAACUUCAGAGCGCUGUGCACUGGUGAAAAGGGAUUUGGCUACAAGGGUGUUCCGUUCCACAGAGUUAUUCCCAACUUUAUGUUGCAGGGAGGUGACACCGAUUUGACCAACGGUUACGGUGGAAAGUCGAUCUACGGCAGUAAGUUCCCAGACGAGAACUUCGUCAAGAAGCACGAGAAAGCGGGACUUUUGUCGAUGGCCAACGCUGGACCCAACAGCAACGGAUCUCAGUUUUUCGUGACUACUGUGCCAUGCCCAUGGUUGGACGGCAAGCAUGUGGUGUUCGGCGAAGUCACCAAGGGUAUGGAUGUCGUGAAGCUCAUCGAGUCGUACGGAACCAUGUCCGGCAGACCUCGUGCCAAAAUCGUUAUUGAAGAAGCCGGCGAAGUGUAA